AUGGAGCAGAUGGAGAAGACAGCAGGCAAACCUUCCAGUGGACACACAACACAUGGCCGUGGUCCUCUGCUUGGGAACCUGCACAUGACACCAGGUCAAUGCAGUUGGGACAUGAUGGUGGAGCUCGGCCCUUACGUUCCGGCAACUCCCGAGCUCCAGCCGAAGACCCACUCCCGAGCUCCAGCCGAAGACCCGCUCCCGAGCUCCAGCCGAAGACCCGCUCCUGAGCUCAAACCGAAGACCCGCUCCUGA